UAGUUAAGGGAACAUUCGGAGAAGAGCGAGAAAAUAUAUAGAUAUAGAGAGAGAAAGUGAGAGCACAGAGCACAGAACGAACAAGGAAAAGAGGGUUUCUCUGGCUAGGACUGAAAGAUUUGAAGUAAACAAUCCGUCGAAUCCUUGCCGUUGAACCUUUCCGUUUGUCCCCGAUAAGGACCGUUGUCCUUUUGAAUUUUCGAACGUUGAUCAACGGUUCUUUCAAAAUUUCCCUCUCUGUGUGUGUGCUUCUGUCAGAUCUCUCGGUCUGAUUACCGUCCCGCGUUCUCUGGAUCAUCAGAUGGCCCUCUAGAUGUAGUGACCGUGCUGCCUCUCUUUCUGCCCUUAUUGUUGCCUGCUUUGGCUUCUUCCGUGUUGAUUAUUGGGGGUGGUUUAAAUCCCACUUUGCUGAUUAAUGAUUGUUUGGACAUCAUACAUCUUUCUCAUUGAAUCACAAUCGGCUUCUGAGUUUGGCAUCCUCUUGAGGGAGGGGAAGAAGCUCUCUUCUGCUGCCAUCUCUGUUGUCGGCUGUGGAAAGUCGGUCUUCCUCUUAUUUUCAUGUCUCCCAACUUGGACAGCCCUGUUCAGACCCAGAUGGCAGUGGGAGUCUUCAACAGCCCCCUUAGUGGGGAGUACCAUGGAAACAAGAGGAUGGAAGGAAAAUCUGCGGGUAGGAGACGCGUUUUUGUGCAAACUGAAAAUGGUUGUGUGCUAGGAAUGGAGUUAGAUCGGGGUGAUAAUGCACAUACUGUGAAGAGAAGGCUGCAGAUUGCCCUUAAUGUUUCAACCGAGGAAAGCUCACUGACAUUUGGUGAUAUGGUGUUGAAGAAUGACCUUAGUGCCAUUCGGAAUGAUUCCCCUCUUCUUCUAACACGAAACUUUAUGCAUAGAAGUUCAUCAACUCCGUGUCUCUCACCCACUGGGAGGGAUAUUCAACAAAGAGAUCAGAGUGGUCCGAUCGAAAUAUUAGGCCACUCAGAUAGCUUUGCCAGAACAAAACAACUUGUCAAGGAAAUUGUCAGGGCCAUGAAGAUUGGGGUUGAUCCAAUUCCUGUCCAUAGUGGACUUGGAGGUGCAUACUAUUUUAGAAGCAGCAAAGGUGAGAGUGUUGCCAUUGUAAAGCCUACAGAUGAAGAACCAUUUGCGCCUAACAAUCCAAAAGGGUUUGUGGGUAAAGCUCUUGGGCAACCAGGCUUUAAACGUUCAGUGCGGGUUGGGGAAACAGGGUUCAGGGAAGUUGCCGCUUAUCUUCUUGACUAUGGUCACUUUGCCAAUGUACCGCCCACUGCACUGGUAAAGAUUACUCACUCAAUCUUUAAUGUCAAUAAUGAUGGGGUAAAUGGUAAUAAGCCUAAUGAAAAGAAGCUAGUUAGCAAGAUUGCAUCCUUCCAACAGUUCAUCCCACAUGAUUUUGAUGCCAGCGAUCAUGGGACCUCAAGCUUCCCGGUUGCUGCUGUGCAUCGAAUCGGGAUAUUGGACAUUAGGAUUUUCAACACAGAUAGGCAUGGAGGAAACCUUUUGGUCAAGAAGCUUGAUGGUGUUGGGAGGUUUGGUCAAGUGGAACUCAUUCCAAUUGACCAUGGCCUUUGCCUGCCGGAAUGUUUGGAAGACCCAUACUUUGAGUGGAUCCACUGGCCUCAGGCUUCAAUUCCAUUUUCGGAGGAUGAACUUGCAUACAUUGGAAAUCUUGAUCCUUAUAAGGACUCAGAUAUGCUGCGAAGGGAGCUUCCCAUGAUUCGAGAGGCUUGCCUCCGAGUCUUGGUUCUGUGCACAAUCUUCCUCAAGGAAGCUGCUGCUUUUGGUCUAUGUCUUGCUGAGAUUGGCGAGAUGUUGAGCAGGGAGUUCCGUGGUGGUGAGGAGGAACCUAGUGAGCUUGAGGUUAUUUGUAUUGAGGCAAGAAGGCUGAUAGCUGAGGGGGAGAUGUUAUCUCCCAAGGCUGAAGCAGGAGAUGAGGAGUUUCUAUUCGAUUUAGAUUGUGAAGAACCAGAGUUUGACUUUACCCCCAAAAUGGCUUCUGAUGAUUUUAUGACCCGAGUGCCAUUUCAUUUUGGAUUUGGAAGUGGUAAUGGUCGUUCUCCACUUUUUAAGCUGGAUGAAAGCAUUGAGGAAGAAGAGGAUAGCAAAGGUGAAGAACAAAAGGGAUCCGUUGACGUUCCAGCUCCUGCAAAGAUUGCAACUGUUUCAAAUCUAUCCAUGUCCCUCAAGAAUUUCAGUUUAGGUGAGAAGAGCCAAAAACAUCUGAAAUUCCCAGGAUCAAAACCAGAAAAUGGCUAUGUGGCGAAUUCAUCAUCUGGGCACAAGAGUGCAAAUGAGCAGCUCCCUGCAAGCUUGAGUUUUGUGAAGCUGGCAGACAUGAACGAGGAGGAAUGGACCUUGUUUAUGGAGAAGUUCAAAGCGCUGCUGGACCCAGCAUUUGCCAAGCGCAAGUCUGUGACCCUUGGUCAGAAACAGAUACAGAGGCUUGGGACUUCAUGCAAGUUUUGACAUUUGAGGUAUAACAAUAUAUGGGUAGAAGACAGAAUUGCAAUGACAAAUAAGACUUCAGGUUUGUGGGAGCAAAGGAUUCCUAGGGUAGGCUUGGUUUGUGGAUUUUCUACCCGGAAGGCGUUGUAGUUGCGAGCAACAGUAGGAGCAGUACUGUAAAUAUUCUUGGAGGCAGCUGAGUUAAAGUGCCUAAGUAGAAUUGUUUGCAUUUUUUUAUUGUUGAAGUUUUUAUUUUUCUCCCCCUUUCACUCCUUAUGGACUUGUCUCAUAAAUAAUAUGUAGAACGAAAUUCUAAAAAGAAAAUGCUUAUGUAAAUAUUGAGUUCUGUUUUUUUAUGGAUUUGUUUCGAAGUA